CAAGGUGGCACACCUCAACUGUUUCACAUGCAGAUCCGUUUCAAGAGCCUUCAAUAUCUGGAUGCUUGAAGCCCACAGAGAUCUUUGGUGGAGCAGACCCUAUCUUCAUUAGGAUCAAACACAAAACAAAAAGACUAAUCCAAUGAAUCUACAUGUGGACUUCAUUGCUUUCUAUUUGCUCAGGUCAGCCAGAUGAACACACACAUAACAGCCCACAAAGCCAAGGUAAGGCAUCUGUGCUUCUUCCUUAUCCUGGGCUUUCAUUUGGUGUAUGCUGGUGUGCCAGGUCCAUGUAAGCACUCUGUCACCCAGGACCAUCUCUUGAAUUUAAGACGUCUGAUGAAGAACCAGUUGCAAAAUGGUUGUUCAAUAACCUACACCUUCACUGAGCACCAGAACCUGAGUGUUGUGUGUUAUGUUAAAGCAGCAUUCCCUCACAUACUGGAGCUACUCAACACCCAAUUCAGAUAUGCCAAGGACUCGGACAAUUACCGUUAUACUAAUUCACUGAAGAACUUGAUCUACAACAUUUACUCCCAGAGAUGCAUCCCUCCAAUCAAUGAGGAGAUUGAGGAUAGCCCAAAGAAGUUCAUAAGAACCCACAUGACUUUGCCCAGGGCAGCUUUGGAGAAAGUUGAGGAAGUGAUUCGCAUGUAUAUGGGUCUGAUGAUUCAGAGCAACAAGCCUGUGGACUGGAACUGUGAGGAGGAGUACACAGAAGAUUACCCAGAAUCCACCACUGAACCUCUCAGCCAAACAGCAGGUGCCUCCGAUUGCCCCUGCAUUUGUCCAGCGGUGAGCAUUAGACCAACUAAGUCUUCUGCAUCCACAAGUCAUUGGAAUAUUUACCCGAAAUCUACUCAAUCCCCACAAAGAUCAACCUUUUCACUUGUGGAAACCUUGAAGGGUGGUAAUGAAAGGACUAAACAAUCUAAGUCUGCUGUCCCAGUAACCAAACACCAAACACUAGAUCUAGGAACACCUGCCACAUGGAGAUCAACACAAGAACAUUUAUCCAACUCCCUCUUUGGUAGCACUCCAGCUUUUCAUGAAGAAACUUCAAAUUCAGAAACGGACCAUGUGCCAUCACCAGAUCUUUUCCCUUCAUUUACAAAUUUUCAGGAUGUAUUUCCAAACAGAACUGACUCAAGUGUUGAGACAACCACCUCUGGCCCCUACCAAAAAAGCACAAGCGAUAGCACGCAGGACGAUGUGGAGAAGAGCACGCCGCUUUUACUUGCCAAAAGGUCUUUAGAUUCCAAAAUCCAAGAAGGACCAUCCAGUUCCCUUGUAAAAUUAUCCAUGAACUCAGUUACUACAACAUCUCAACCAGCAUACAAAAAUAUAAAGAGCACAGAGAUAAAAAACAAGCCUUUCCAAAUGCUUCAACUGAGUAAACACAUUGCACCAGUCACAACCACAGUUCUGUCUUCUUUGAAAGCAGCUGCACAUUCAUCAGAAGGCUUAAGCGCCCUUGUUGAACAGCCAGGUCAUUUACACAGCCCUCCUAAAAAUUUCCAAACACACACUCAAAGUCCGGUGAGGAUGCCAAGGAAUUUCAUGAGAACCGUCCAUAAGGCAAAGCUCAGCAAAGACAGCAGAUCCCAGGAGGAUAGGCAGGAGAUGAAGAACCAAACUCAUCCAGACAGAGAAACACAGAGGAACCCUGCCACAGAACAAUCCAGCAGUACAAUCAUCUCCUUUGGCACCGUGCUCAUUAUUACAUUAGGGUGUGGUGGACUUCUGCUCAUUACCGUCCUGUUUUACAGACAGCAAAAAGUAAGUGACUCACAAGUCAUUUUUGCUCUUCUGAGAAGACCCGCUUAGAAUGGCAUCUAGGUCAAUGCUGGUCUGGAGAGAAACAUGCUGUGACCAGUAGCCAAAACAUAUGCUUGUUACUAGCUCUGGAGGUCUUUUCAGCAGGAUGUCCCAAGUGAUCUCGUUCAAACAGAAAAAUCAACAUUCUUUGAUGUUUCCAAUAUGAGUUGAUGGAUUAAAUUAUUUAUUCCAAACAAACAAUAAAUUGGGAAACAAAAUAUCAGCAGGUUGCUUUUUCUCAUUCUGUAUAUAGAAUUAUAAUACGUUUUAAAAUACAUCUUUUAUUGCUCAAAAGGUGUCUACAACUAGGAUAUAGCACUAGAACAGGAAAUGACUUGAUCUGGCAGAUGGUCCAUUGGAAAAUAUGAAAAUAUUUUAAGCAUUUAAACACACAUUCAUUUG